UAAAGUGGACCUUCUGCUUUAACCACUUGCCGACCGCAGAUAGCCGAAUGAUGGCUACACUGCGGCCGGCCAGUUCUGGUAGGGUGUCAUAUGACGUCCUCCCAGAACGCGCUCUCCUGCACGCCCCUGGUGGCGUGCACCCGGCGAUCUCCGUGAUCGCUAUGUCCUACCCAGCAGUGCGCCCUCCUGUGCCACCCAGCAGUGCCACCAACCUGUGCCCACAAGUGCAGCCCAGCGGUGCCGCCAGUCAGUGCCGCCAGUCAGUGCCCAGUGGUUGUGCCACCAUUGAGAAAUACUGUGUGAGCUGUGAUUGGUCACAGCUUGUCACAUGGUACAAGGCUGUUGUGAAUAGCCUUGUACCA